GGAUAACAAUCGGUAGAAGUCUAUGCAACAGACACGUGGACUCUACAACCAAAACCUGUCUCAGAGAGAGCGAGCAGAGAGAGGCCAAUUUGGGUUGAAGUUGCUCCACCACAACAUCCAAACAUCGUGCUGAAACAAUGAGUGAACUAGAUCAGGAGUACAUUGAGGAAUUGGAGAGUCUUCUGACAAUUGCUAAACACCCUGGGGUUGUUGCACUAUUUAAGACGAACAUAGCCAAAGCAAAGACUUUAAGUCCUGUCACUUCUCAAGCUCCAAUAUUGCAGAAGGUCAAAGCUCCACCUGUGGAUAAGCAAGUGUCAUCUAAAAUAAGAAUCAAGGAAUAUGGUUGGGACCAAACAGACAAGUUCAUCAAAAUUUAUAUUUCCAAUGUCCCUCAAGUCAGAUUGGAGGAUGUUAACAAACAGUUUUUUGAAAGGGGGUUUACAGUUGAAGUCACUACUGAUGGAAAAAUGUAUUCUCUGGCCAUAAAUGAUCUUCUGAAUUCUAUCAUUCCGGAUCAGAGCGCUGUUAAGGUACGUGGUGGAAUGAUCUGUGUGCAACUGCGUAAGCGUGCUCAAACCUUGUGGGAUUGCCUGUUGUGGAAAGAGAAGAAAAAUAAUGUUGAAAAGGACAGUGCACCAACAGACAAGGAUUCACUGACAGACGAUGAUGACCCAGGAGCUGGUCUCAUGAACUUAAUGAAAAAAAUGUAUAAUGAGGGUGACGAUGAUUUGAAAAGAACUAUUACGAAAUCAUGGUAUGAAGCUCAGCAGAAGCGUGGACAAUCUUUAGAAGAUUGAUUUGACUUUCAUGUUUCCAAGGCAUACACUUAUGUUUACACUGUUGAAUGUCCGGAAUGGUACUACAAAAGGAUGUUUCCAGUAUGGUUGUAUAAUUAUAACUAAUUAUG